AAUGGACUACAACAAUCACACGAUUGCUUCAAUCCUAAAAGAAUCAAACCUCUCCCAAUACAAAGACAAGUUCAUCAAACACGGGGCAGAUGACCCCAAACAGCUGGCCCUCAUGUCCCAAUCUCACUUCCUCCAACUCAUGCAACACGUGGGCAUGUCCAGUAAACCGUUCCACGUGACACGGCUACUCAAUGCGCUCCACAGCGUGUUGGGUAUCUCCCCUGAUUACGACAUGCCCCCUGUACCUGAGAAGAGCAAACUUGUCUACCAGGGACAGCCUGAGUUUGUUACUUCCGUCAACAAGGACGUGUUCGAGACUGUUCCUAAACGGAGGAAAACUAAGCCCUUUUAUGGUGAGGUGAAGUUACCGUCAAAUGAGAUAUUUACAGAUUUGACUGAUGUCAGAACUGAGGAGGAAACAAAUGACAUGAUCACUCAGCUAUCAGCUAUUUACAGGGUUAAUAAACCAAAUAAGUAUCAGCAGUACAUCAAUGCGUGCGCAGCUGAACUUGCUAUUAGGGACCCGACGCUGUUGGCGCGACGAAGCGAUCUUGUCACCAAGGCUCGUGAAGCGAACAUCAGGGGUGGUCAGUAUAAAUUCCGGAAAGGUUUCAGUAUCUCAAAAUCUGCUCCCGAAGAGAUCAAUGCUGAAAACAAUUCGAAAUCAAACUUUGCUUUAGCGAACAAGCAUAGAGAGAUGCGUAUCACUGAGAUUCAGAAACUUGAGAACACUAUUAAUAGUUGCAUGUUUGAAAAGGAAGGGUUGUUUGAGAGGUUAAAAAGUGAAACUGAUAAAGAUAACACUGCAGCUAUAGGUUUUGUUCGAUCAAAACUUGACUCGCUUGAGGAACAGCUUUACGUGUCCAAAAAACGACUGUCAAAAUUGAAAAACUCACAAAAACGAUCAGAAAAGUAUUAUACAGUGAAAUUGUCGAACUUGAUGUCAUCUGAUGAAAUAGUAAAGAAGCAAAAUAAGGACAAAACUUCGGCUCCCACAGACACUGAUUCAAACAAUUUUGAGGCUCCCAAAGGCCCAAUAAAAAUAACCAACUCAAAGAAAUCCAGCUCAAAUCAUAGCAGGCCAGAAUCCAGCUAUCCAUCUCUGAGUUUAGAUGAUCUGGAUGUAGAUGAGCUUGACUCUGUAACGGUAACACGUGACUUCGCAUCCGUUCCCACUUACGGACUUGACACCCAAACAACUGCUCCUCAAUCUCAUAACUACACUGUAUCCAGCCAGAAUACUGGAGAUCAGUCACAUGUCUUCGUUGUAUCCAAUCAGAACACAAUCUCUCAAUCACACGAUUAUGCCAAUCGAAAUACGAUAUCCCAAUCGCGUGAAUUUGAUCUAUCAAAUCAGAAUCCAACUCCCUGUGUGAUGGAACAAGAUAUUCUCACUGACGUCUUUACGAAUACUAUCAACUCGAAUUUAUCAAGCCAAGAAGAAGAUCCAGGGUUUGAUAUUCCCAACUAUCAUGCUGCCAUGCAUUCCAACUGAUCUAUUUUUAGUUGAAUUCCCCCUUGUUAACCUUUUAACUAUGCUUUUGUUUAAUAAUUUUAUAUUAUAUCAUUUCACUCGCCAGUUGAUGUGUGAAUUAUUGAAUGCUUUAUAAAUCUUGCUAUAGGAAAUGUUAUGGACAUUCUGUUUAAUGGCCCAUUGGCUGGUCAUUUUGCUUCGAUAUUAGAUUUGCAGUAGGUAUUGAUAUAACAUUUAUAUUUUAAUAUUUAUAAAUAAUUUUGUUCGGGCUCUGC